ACAGCAACGGGUGGAAAGGGGUGGAGUUUGUCAGUGCAACUGAUCCAUGCAGAGAAACAUGCGGCAUGUAGAAACUACGACGUCUCUAAAGUCCGAGAAAAGAACCUUUAAACUGCCGUGAAACCGCAGGACUUGAUUUUGACCCUUAGAGCUAAGUUACCUAGGAAGUGCUAAAACUCUAAAGCCGCACUGCUGAAACCAAGCAUCUCCUCCAGGUAAGGAGUCCCUGGUUUAUUGACAAUCCCCAAGGUGCUGGUGUCCCACACUUGGUGAAAGAGCAGAACAGGCUGGUUUCAAGUAGCAUGUCUGGUGGAGAGAUGAUACCCCUAUCUGCUGCCUUUACAAGGGGCUCUAAGGCCAGAGCAAGUCUACCUGUAGGCCGCUCAAGUGGUCAGACAAGAGGUUGGCCGUUAGGUGUGCUGUUCCUGCAGUAUGGGGAGGAAACAAAGAAAGUCUGGGUGCCCACAGAAAUCAGCAGUCAGGAUGCUCUUCGGGCUUUGUUUGUUACCGCUUUCCCUCAACAGCUCACCAUGAAGAUGCUACAGUCUCCAAACAUGGCCAUCUACAUCAAAGAUACCACCCGCAAUGUUUACUAUGACCUGGAGGAUAUUAGAAACAUCACCCCCAACUCCUUCCUGAAGGUGUAUCAUAAAGACCCUGAACAUGUGUUCAAACAUCAUGCCAAGUCUGCCAGUGUUGGAGGAAAGAUCCCCAGAGAGGUGUUGUAUGGCAGUCACAGUCCAGUCCACACUUUGUCAUCAUCCAGUCGUGGCACCCUCCAAAGCCUGCAAGGUUCCAUGUCUCCACCCAUGGCCCGGUCUAUGCCCUCCUCCCCUUCCAGGAUGCCAUAUGGUGGAGGGGGCAGUGGGGGAGUGCGGGACCCCAGCACUACAUUAGCACAGACACUUCGCCUUUCGGGAGCAGGACGAUCCAGUGCCAUAUGCACCAGCAGUGCCAUCCUGUUGAGGAGAGAUGUCAAGCCUGAUGAGAACGUUGACAGCAGUAAGGUCAUGGCCUUGGUGGUGCGUGGUGAAGGAGGACCACAUCCAGACUCCUACUGCGCUUCCCUGCAGGAUGGAAUAGGUCGCCGCAGCAUCUCCUCCCAGUGCAGUGCCCCUCCAUCUCUCACAACAGAUGUGGUGAAUGUUGGAGUCCUAGGAAUCCCAGCAGGGCUGCAGCAGUACCGAGCCUCCAUUAAACCCCUGAUGGGCUAUGGAGACAGCCAAUCUAAUCUAGAGGAUGGGACCCAUUCCCUCCACAGGCGGAAGAGUAGGAGGUAUGCUGGCGGUCAGCUUCCCCCAAUGGGAACCAAAAUCCUGCCUAGUUCCCCUCACAGACUCAGUGAAGUCAGGAUGUUUGAUGGUGGACAAAUCAUCGGAGGUGUGGGCCUAGUGUCUCCUGAGAAGAAGUCACUGAUUCGCCGGUCCCUGGGGCAGGACUAUAACAGUGCUACACUAGAGAUUAUAAGCAGUAGCAGAGGAAGUGGAUCCUCAUCCUCCACCUCAUCUGUUUUUGCUGACAGUCCUGUCGGACAAACUAAGAGACUGUUUCAGGGCCAUAUGAAUGCCAGCAAUGCUCAAAGUGAGAGAAUCAAAGCCAUGGAGGAGCAGAUAGCCAGUCUAACAGGGCUAGUGCACCACGCUUUGUCCAUAGGACCAGGAGACAAGGAUGCUGUCAGUGAGAGUCCAGAAUGCAACCUUAUAAACAACAGACUUGGAGUAUCAUCUGAGCCUCAGAAUCCUGCUGCUUUGACUGACAGCUUUACCUCCAUCCAUCCAGCUCCUCGGGCCCCUGCUUCUGACAGCAGAAUGCAACAGCGUUUAGUGUCAGCCAAGAGGAAUGUGUGUGAGCUGCGAUUCCAGUUGAACCAACUCAGACAGUUACAGUUAUCAAACCAGGAGACUGUGAGUUCUACGCUGCAGAUGGCAGGCCACGAGCUAGUGGUGUUGAUGUGUGAUCGGCUGGCUCAAUUUGAGGAGGCAGCAUUCAGACAGAGAGCUGAAUUGGAAGAGGAGAGGACCCUCUACCUUGCUGAAGAGGAGAGAAUACUCACACAGCUUAGUGAACUGGAGGACUAUGUGGACCAUUUGCAAAGAAGCUCCAUUACCGGUACAAGCCAGCUGAGUGUAACUCUGAGAGACAUAGAGGAAGGAGCGAUGAGCCUGCGGGGGGUCGGGGAAACUCUGGCCAUUCUCAAAGGUGAGUUUCCAGAGCUGCAGAUGAAGAUGCGCUUGGUGUUGAGGCAGGAGGUAGAGGCAAUGCGUUUCCUGAAGGAGGAGCCUCUUAAGAUGGACUCGAUGUUAAAGAGGGUCAAAGCCCUGACUGACACCCUCAGCUCUCUCCGCAGGUGUGUGUCAGAGUCAGUCCCAUCACCCAGAUCAAUCCAAUUAGAGCCGGUAGAAGCUGUUGAACUGGGCAACAGACCAGCAAAGACCCAGAGUCUUCAGAACUCCCCAAAACCCCAACCUCGGUCCUCAGUCAGGCUGCCUCAGCUCACUCCUUCUCUCUCUGGGAGCCAGGCUGAGACCAGCUUGGUGGGCUUGCCGUCUGCGAUUGUGGCCCACGGAACGAAGAGCACAGCACCUUCUGUGGUCCAGACCUCCCAAAAUUCCCCCGGUCUCCCUCUGAAACCCAUCCCCGGACGGCACUCACCCACUGUGGCUAAGGUGCAUCCUCGCAGCAGAGAGGGCAGUCCCGCCCUGCAGAGGAGAACAGGUCUUCAGGAGUCUGACGAACUGGACCAACUUGCACCAACACCAGCAGAACACACCCACAGUGAGCGGACCAUGACAACAGAGAAACAAACUCAAGGGCACAGCCUCAGUGGAAAAGCCAGCUGUAUGAGUCAGUCCAGCCCCAGCCGAGUGAAAAAGCCAGCCAACUUCAGUUCUAGCCACACUCAACCUCCCAGCACCAGUAUCGACUUUAACCAGGUCCUACAAGAGGUCCAGGCCAGCGUAAUGGAGUCUAUCCCUAGUUUGGAUGUGUCAGAAUUCAGAGUGAACAAUUCUGCCUCACAACAUACAGCUCGACUUGCAUCAAAAUCAGAACAGAACACACCUCUGAACCUGACACUGCAAGGGGAGGAUCAGGCACUUGUAUUUGCCUCCCAGCAAGACACACCUUCCAAACAAAGUGAUCAAGGGGACUCCACUAAUUUAAAACCCCCAAACACAGCUCCAGCAUCAGUGUCACAGCUUCCUGCAGCCGCUGUGGACCUUCAGUCAUCGGCUGGUCUUUCAGCUACCUCAUCAGCUUCUCCUGGUGCCGAGUGCAGCAGCCGGCCACAGGUGGAAAAACCACGCCGCUCCAGCUUAGAUAAGGAGAUGAAGCACAGUCCAGACAGGGCAGGCAAGAGCCCCCCUCUUCCUCCUCCUCCUCCUCCUCCACGGAGAAUUCAUGCUGUCACUUCAGUUCUUACAACAGGAAGGUCAGGAGAGGUGGUCUUUGUAACUAGGAAAGAACCUGUUGGAGUCCAGCAGUCUGCACAGGAUGAGGCUGAUAAAGAAAAAGAGCUAUCUCUAGUUCCUCAGCUCAAACCUCCACGACAGCCACCAGAGGUCAAACACAAACCCCAGAUGUUUACUGCUGCACCUCUGGCUAUAUCCACCUCUGCCCCUGCUGCAGUGUCAGCACAAAGACAAGAGGAGGAGGAAGAAGAAGAGGAGAAAUUCUUGAAAGAGCUGCAGGUGACAGAACUGGCAAAUAAGAGUCACUCAUCAGGUGGAAAUAAACAAAAUGCAAAAAAGGAGAGGACAUCUCUAAAUUCACAAGUAGCUAAUGAGUUAGCAAUAUGUGACCAACAGUCAGACCCUCAGCUGUGCUUUACAAAUGACUACCCUCUUAAACUCAUAACAGCAGCUGGACUAAAAGCACACAGGGAAGGUGGGGAAAACUGUCUCGCUGAGAACAAAGUGGAGACGGUAAUUGAACAAGUGCCUUCUUGUCCAACAGUAAAGGAUGUGGAGAUAUUUCCACUGGGAACUUUAAAAGAUGUUAAACGUUUCUGGAACGAUGAGGAGGAGCCAACAUCAAGUCAGGACAAAGAUAUAAAAAUAAAUGAACUUAGAGUAGGAAGAGUUUCACAGAAAGAAAAUAUUAGAACUCCUAAUCAAGUGAAAGAGUUUGUGGGACAGGUAUCGUCGCCAGCCGCAAAAGAAAAGAAGGUCAAGGUUACAACAGUUGUCACUCUACAGAAAGAAAACAUUCAAGGAUGUGCCAAAAGUCCCAAAGACAUGAAUGAAACCGCCAAAGAAGCAUCAGAGAAGAAGUCUAAUGUGAUAGUAGAAACCAGAGAAAAAGAGAGGACAUCAGGACCACCAGUCCAGCAGAAUACGUCACUGAGGCCUGACCAGGAGUGUGUAACUUCAACCUCCGUUACAAAAUCUUCCCCAUUUUCACCCAUCUUAAAUUGUAGUAGCAAGCAGGGGAACCUGGAACAAACAGUGCUAGUAUCCGGUAACCAGUUGCAAUACACGGAAGAUGGAGGUAGCCUGAGCUGUGAUGAGGCUGGUGAGGGACCUCCCCCUCCACCCCCUCAGAUUUGUAAAUAUAGCCGUAUAAUCUCCAAGACCAGAAUCAGACCACAGUCCAAAGAGGAAACCUUAGCCAAAAUGAAUGGCUCUCAAAUACAAACAGUAUCUGGGGACACCGCUGGUGAGCCCACCUAUGUAAGACAUGAGAAUCACGGUUUUGAGGACGGUAAUGAUCAGUUUGACAGAAAACCUAUUAUUGUUAUCUUGAACCAGCCCGUGGACAUUCAGUCGGCCUACAAGCGGCUGUCUACAAUCUUUGAAAGUGAGGAAGAUACUGAUGGGAUUUUUUCUCCAGAGAGCAUUUCAGAUGAGGAAAAGACAAAACAAGAGGAAGAGGAACAGGGUAUUAGAAAAAGUGGUAUCACGAAUAUUAAUAUCGGAUCACUCACGACAGGAGAUGGUCAGAAUCCUCCACAAAUACAGCAUGAAGGACCUUCAACAGAUAAAAGCUCCGUUCUUGAAAACCAGGGCCAGACUAAAUCACCUUCACUUAAAAAAACCGAGACAAAAAGGAAAUUUAAAUUCAAGUUCCCUAAAAAUAGACUGACAGCAUUUAGCCAGGCUAUCAGAACAGGGAACAGGGGCAAACAAAACAGGGAAGAAGUUGUUGUUGAUGAGGAGGAAGUAGCAGAAUAUGGCACAACAGUCAAGGAGACCAAGAGCCAGACAAAUGAAUCGCAGAUGUUUAAAAUUAAUAAAAUGGAACAAAUGAACUUGGACAAAAGCAAUGCCUGCGACAGAGACAUCAAUAUCUUCUCUUAUAUUAAUACCAGACAUUCAGAGUCACAUAACUGGGUAGAAGAGCUCUGCAAAAAUACAUUCGACUCUAUAGACAGUCUAGAGAAGUCGAUUAAACAGUUGGAAAUCAGUGUGGAGAGUAUAACUGCCCCUGCUUCUUUAUGUGACUCAACUGACAAAGCUCAGCUUAAAAGAAAAAUCAAACAAGAACAAGAGAGAAGUCCGUCCAAAAGGUCAGCGACUCAGAUCACUAAGGGUACAGAUCCACCUGAGAGUAAGAAAGCCAAACCCCAGACUGCACGCGACACCGACAGAAACGGCAGCAAGAAACAGACUUCCAGCAGCACCUCCAGCUCUUCUGCUCUGCGAUCUCAUGCCAAAUCUCACCGUGCCUCUGGUUCACCAGAGAACACUCCUAAGGGCCAGCAGCAGAUCACCCAGAAACAGGCCAGCCAGCCACGCCUUGUCAGCACACCACGUUAACAUGAGUCCAGCCCACCGUGGGCUUCGCAGCAAUGGCAAGUGUCAGCAUCGCCUCGUCUUCACCUCCACCUCCAUCGCGUCCACCUCGGCUAAUAUUACUCCUCACCCUCCUCCUCUACCUCGACUUCUUCCCCAUUU